GUCGUCGGAAAUUUCAACCAUUGUACUCCGUCUACAUUUGUCGCAAUCAAAAAUUGUCUAUUAUUUUAUCUCUCACAUGAAUGCGGCAUCUUGUGGAAUUAAGACAGGCAGCCUCGUGGAUUUUCCGCCGGCAGGCUAGCACGAGAUGUUCUGGACCGCGAAUCUUCCCCAAACAUGGAUUCAACAUAAUCCCAUCUACAACAUUGAUUGAAGAAGAGCGACUGCCUCACUACCAUAUGAAAGAUUACUAUCCAAUGACUCUUGGUGAUAUUAUUCAUGGCUACUAUCAAGUUGUCGCGAAGCUGGGCUUUGGGACAACAUCCACCGUUUGGCUAGCCCGUGAUAAUAUGGUUGUCCAGGCCACUAGGAUCUUUAAAUUGUGAAUUUCUUGCAAGAAAAAGUGCUAACUGGGUAAAUAACACAACGAUAUUGGACGUUGAAAGUCCAUAUAAAUAAGCUUACGGACAGUCAUGAGCUGAAGAUCUUCCAGCAUUUGAGUCACGCCACCACCGAUCACCCAGGCAAAAUAACUG